GACAGGUACGAGAUAAGUUGGAUUGGACUAGAGAAGGAAGGAUUUGUAAAGCUUAGGACAUGUGUUUUGGAAGGUGUGCUAGAUGUAUUGGCUAUAAGUUGCUCAUCUUGGCCUUGCUCAGCAUUGUGGCCAACAUUUUACUUUAUUUUCCCAAUGGAGAAACAAGAUACGCUUCAGAGCAUCAUCUCGGAAAAUACGUUGAGUGCCUUCAUGGCAUUCUAGGUGGAGGCUUUUUGGUACUUAUUCCAGCUGCAGUAUUCAUUGGGCUUCACAAUGAUGACUGCUGUGGGUGCUUUGGCCAUGAGAACUGUGGGAAAAGCUGUGCGAUGCUGUCCUCAGUUCUGGCUGCCCUUAUUGGGAUCAUUGGUUCUGGAUACUGUAUAAUCAUUUCAGCACUGGGCUUGUCUCAUGGACCAUACUGUUUUACUCACUUAGAAAGAAACUGGAUAUAUCCUUUCACUGAAUCCUCUGGAGGGUACUUAUUUGAGUAUAACAGGUGGUCUGAAUGUCAAGAACCUCAUAACAUUGUGCAGUGGAAUGUCACCCUCUUUGCCAUCCUCCUUGUCUUGGGAGGAAUAGAGUUCAUCCUGUGCUUCAUACAUAUAAUCAACGGCAUUCUUGGAGGACUAUGUGGGUUGUGCUGCAGUGAAGAGGAGAAGAGCAAAAAUUCUAAAGUUCUUGAGAUGGCUUUAGAGACAUGUGGAAGCUGUUUGAGUUGCCUGCUGAUACCUCUUGCACUUUGGAGUAUUGUUGUUAACAUCCUAUUAUACUUCCCUAAUGGGAAAGCUUCUCAUGCUGCCAGUUACCAGCUUCCCAACUACGUGUGGUAUUUUGAAGGGAUCUGUUUCUCAGGUGUGAUGAUCCUUCUGCUGGCAGUAAUUCUAAUAACGCUGGAGUGUAGUGUAUUCUAUCGGUGCUGCCAGAGUGAGAGUUGUAACAAAACCUACAGGAGUUUUGUAUCAAUUGUGCUAGCCCUGCUUGGAGUUGCUUUCUCUGGAUACAGUUGCAUCAUUUUUACCUUGGGGUUGAUCCAAGGCCCCUUCUGCAAUUCAUCAAGUGGAUGGGAUUAUAUCUUCAAAGACACUGCUGGAGGGUACCUCACAGAUUACCCUGCUUGGUCUCGGUGUACCGAACCUGCUAACAUAGUGGAGUGGAAUAUCAUCUUACUCUCUAUUCUGAUAGCUCUUAGUGGACUGCAGUUGAUCAUCUGUUUUCUCAAAGUGGCUGCUGAGUUGAAACGGACACUCUGCGGGACCUACUCUGUUUUUGUCCAGGUAACAAGAUACCUGAGGGAUUGGUGGCUGCUUGCUCUGACUUUUAAGGCUAGGAUUGAGACGGAAAAAUGUGGCUGGCAGUUCAGUGCUGAUGCUGAGUCCAUUACUCCUAUGUCAGCAGAGGCUUCUGAGUAG